CACAACUACAUAAAACCCUAAAAAGACUUACCCUUGGAGUGCAGGCAAAGCCGUUGAUUGAGACUGGAAAUGAAAAGGGACUGUUGGAUCCAGACAUAACAGAUAUAUCCGACGAGAAUCAGUUUCAGAGAAUGGUUCUAGCUGCUGCACAUUGCCUGACAAGAUCAGCCACACAUCGUCCUAGUAUUAGACAAAUACUGAGGCUACUAGGAGGUGUAGACGAAGUGGAGAAAUGGUCCAAACGGAUUAAGGAAGAAGAAAAUGAAGAUUGCUUCGAUGACGAGGUUUACCCGAAUAUCAGGGCGGAACUGCACCUGAGCCUUGCGAUGAUGCUUGAGGUUGAAGACGAUGAAUCUGGAUCAAUCAGUCCCAUGGAGAGAAGUAACAAGAGUUUUUUCUCUUCUUGUUGUUCAUCUAGGGAACUUCAACCUUAAUGCAUUUAUUGGACUUAUCUUAGUAAUGUACGUAAUGUUUUUGUUG